UCAGUGGCAGGCAGGGCAGAAGGAGGGUUCAGAUGAGAGCACAGCCCCUCAGCCAGAGCCACGAGACAAACUGACCUGCGGCUGACACACACACGCUCACACACACUCUGCGGGAAGGGAGCGAUGAGAGACUAAAAUAACCAGAUGAACCGAAAAGAAGAACGAAAGGUAAAUGUACCAAGGACAUCUAAAAGGGGAAAAGAGACUUGGAGCUGAAGACAAAGACUGUUACUCAUGGGUAUUAACGACUGUGAUAUGAAAUCUUUCUAACGCAAAGUUCCAUGCAGACAUGAAGCAAAGAAAAAAUACCAGAGGAAUCCAGGAAUAAUUCAUCCAGCAUUACACUCUUAAACGAAAAGGUGAAAGGAAGAAGAGGAAACAACCUCUGCUGUUUCUUGUUGUUCUCUAUUGGGAGCUAUAACAACAGCUACGUCCUUGUCCUUGCAUAGCCAUUCAUUGGGUCAAACAGUACAAUGAUCUACAGGGACCUCAAAGGCAAACUGGAUGAAUAUUAAGAAGAAAAACAUGCUAAGCCUCAAGGACAUAAGGAAGAGAAGGUCCAACAGGAAAGCUGCCUUUUUGAGCUCUAGUGAUUUUUAGUUUUCAUUGUCUUUACUUCACUUCUUUACACAAACACGUCACAUCACCUCGAAUCCCUUUACCUCACAAAGAAAGUGGGAUUUGAAGGUCCUAACAUGUCUAUCGAAGUCCAUUUUGAGCACCAGAAGAAGGACCUGAGAUCCGGGAGCUCCUCUGCUCCAGCGUUUCCUCCACGCAUCCCCACGGUGACACUGAUCAACCACAGAGAGCAGAGGGAUAAACACACUGCCCACAGACUGCAGCCGGCAAGCCUUGAUCUAAACCUGGCAACCAGCAGCUACUACAGAUGUAGUGAAGGUAGCAGAGUGCAGAAGGUUGGAACAAUGCCAGAUUCACCUGCGGAUGUGAAAACCCAACCCAGGUCCACUCCACCCACCAUGCCUCCUCCACCCCCGGCUGUUAGCCAGGCAUCCAAUCGUAAUGCUUCAUUCACCCCUGCUACCAGUAAAUCAAUGCUGAAUGGAAGCAGCCACUCUCCUACAUCGCUGAACGGUGCUCCGUCCACUCCUAACGGCUUCAGUAAUGGGCCGGCCAUGUCUUCGACGGCUUCACUGUCCAACCAGCAGCUCCCGCCAGCUUGUGGCGCCCGGCAGCUCUGCAAACUGAAGCGCUUCCUGACCACGCUGCAGCAGUUUGGCAACGACAUAUCGCCUGAGAUCGGGGAGAGAGUGCGCAGCCUCGUGCUGGGACUGGUGAACUCCACCCUCACCAUCGAAGAGUUUCACUCCAAACUUCAUGAGGCCACCAACUUCCCUCUGAGGCCGUUCGUCAUUCCCUUCCUGAAGCUCCUCUGCAGCCUGGUCCUCUCAGGGCUGACUUAUCUGCUGAGGAGGUGA